UGGUCAGAAUCGGAACUGACGUCACACAUCGGGAACGCAAAACACAGCCACAUUUACGAGUAAACAGGCAGAGAGUCUUGUGGUAUUUUCCGCAUUUUUGCUGCCUUUUACGAAAAGAGAUUUAAUUCUUCUGUGUUUGUGGUGAGUGUUUUCUCUCUAGGAUACUAAAAUGAGUUCUCUGGAGCAGAAAAUCGAAGUCCCCGAAAUCCGUGAAGAGCUGACGGGGGAACAAUCUGUUGGGGACAACGGUGUGACAGAGAGGAGCCUCACCCCAGUACAUCUCCAGGUGGAGCGACUGCGAGUUGAGGAAGAUGGCAAUAGUUCUGCGUACACCAGCGAGGAAGAAGCAGGGAGUCAUGAAGGUAGUCAUGACGAAAACCGGACUGCGGACGAGCCGGAGUUUGUGGCACCAGAUGAUGAACUCCGAGACAGAAUUAUCAAACAGGUGGAAUUCUACUUUUCUGAUCCUAACAUUUUGAAGGAUGCAUUUUUGCUUAAGCAUGUGCGUCGAAACAAGCAAGGGUUUGUGAGUAUCAAACUCAUAACCUCUUUUAAGAAAGUGAAAUCCUUAACAAAAGAUUAUCGGGUUGUUGCUUAUAGCCUGAGACACUCUGAAAAACUAGAAGUGAAUGAAGAGGGAAGGAAAGUACGGCGAAAGGAUCCCCUGCCAGAAUGGGAUGAAACUACCCCAUCACGUUCAGUAGUGGUGGUUAAUUUACCUAUGGAAAACCCAUCCAUUGAGAGUGUGGCAGAAAUGUUUUCUAAGUGUGGGGAAGUUUCGCUCAUUAGGAUUUUAAGACCAGGGAAGUCAGUGCCACAAGAUGUGAAAAAACAUUCCAUCAAGCAUCCAGAAAUUGGUACAACAACCUGUGCUGUUGUAGAAUUUGAGAAACAUGAAGCAGCCCAAAAAGCUUGUGAAACAAUGAACGAUACUGAAGACUGGCGUCAGGGCAUGCGUGUUGUUUUACUUGCUGCUCAGAAAAAGAAAGAGAAUAAAAAGAAGGAGAAUGGUGAUGAUUCUGGAAAAGAAGAUGAUGGUGAAGGGAAGGAUAAGAAAAAGAAGAGGAGGGAGAGAAGAAAGAAAAAUAGAGUUGAUGAACUUGCAGACAACGAUUCUUCUUGCUACUACAGUAGUGGUUCAGAGGCAGAGUUUGGCACACCUCAAAAAGGCAAUUACAGAACACACCAAAUCCUCAAGAAAACACUGAGUCCAAAUCACAUGGAACAUCCAGUGCUUAAAAAAACAUUGAGCCCAAAUCAUAUGGAACAUCCUGCACUUAGGAGAACAAUGAGUCCUAAUCAUAAAGAACAUCCUUCACUCAAGAAAACUUUGAGUGGAAACCAAAUGGAACACCAAAAACUGAAAAGAACCAUGAGUCCAAAUCAAGAGCAUACUAUGCUCAAAAGAACUCUUAGUCCAAAUCAGUAUGACUCUAAUCGUCUGAGUCCUAAUUCCUCCCCGAGGUCAAGUCCAAAAUCUAGUCCUAAAACCAGCCCAAGGUCCAGAAGAAGAAAUUUUCAUGGGAUUUCACCUUUGGCUGAUGACAAGAAAAGUCCUAGUACUAGUCCAAAGUUGAGUCCUCAGGGUAGCCCAGACUUGGGUAGAAAAAAAUAUGAAAAUUCUGCAGAUGGUAAACCAUCAAGCCCAUGGGUGCAGAGAAGGCUAAUGCUGGCUGCUCAGGAUAAAAGCCAAACGUCAGGCAGUCAGGUUAAUGGAAAAAGCCCUGAAAAACACAAGAUGUAUGGAAUGGAAGGGGUCAUUCGACAGCCCAGAGGACCUGAUGGAACCAACGGCUUCCAUUUGGGGAGAGGAAAACCAAGGAGCAGCACGUUUUCAUAAACUGCUUGUAGUGCAGAAGCUUUGCUGUCGCAGAUAUUGCUUUUUGUUCUGUGCACACACCAUGGCUCUAAAGAUUAACUUUGACUUCACUCACAAAAACAAUGGUGGAGGUCUCUGUGAUAAUAUCUAUGUCGUACAUGUACAUGUGUAAUGUUAAACAACUCUUUUUAUGCUGUUCCGACCUUUAUGUACCUUGCACAGAAUGUCAAUGACUUGGAAAUUUAAUCUUACACUAAUGACAACAAUUCAUACAUAUAGGAAAAGGUGUCUGCAGACAUUUAAAACUUAGAAAUGGUGCAAAAAAUUUGUUGCUUGAACACUUGCAAAAAGCACAUUUUUGUAACUGUUGUGUUUACUCCUAGCUAUGGGUAGUGUAAAUCAUCAAAAUGACUUUUGUUUAAAAAUGCAAAUGAGACAACUUAGCAAUUUGAUAUUUUAUGAUGGUUGUGUUCAUUAAUAAUGUGACAAUUAUUCAACCUUGUAUUGUCUCAGCUAGGAGAAAGUAAAGGUGCACUAUUGUUGUUUUUUUUUUCAAUAGCAUUGAUCAUGUUAUAGGAGAAGGUUGUAAAGUAUGUUGAUAAAUGAUUUUUUUUUUCUAAAAAUGUCUCAGAACUCAAGUGCUUAAUUUAAUGGAUGUUAUUUUGUUAACUGACCUCUGGUUUAAAAAAAGAUAAAAAAAUCGGAUUCUGUUUUACAAUUUUACCAUUAUAUGGCCAUUUAAAGAAAAAAAAAACAGAUGUUACUUAAAAGAGUUGCUGUAAUUUCACUUCAGUAUAGUUUUUUCUUUAUAAAAAAAUGUUAAAACAAUAAGUAAUAUUUACGAAGCUCAUCCAAUUGAAAUUUAUUGUUAUAAUGUUAUAUUUAAAUAUGAAAGCAAUUUUUGUGUCUAAACAUCACCUUUUCUUUUUAGAGUGAACAGGGAAGGAGGGAGAGGGCUAAAAAAAAAAUUGAUAUUCGCAACAACCAGAUUGUACAUUGUGUAGUAUACAUGUGUAGUAAUUAUCUUUGCAUAUAAUUGUACUUGAAGUGAGUUACGUUUUGUGUAGUAUAACUUGUUAAUGCUCAUAAAGAAAUAGUAUUUACCUAUAGUCGCAGACGCUGCUUUACAAGAUCUGGAGCUACCUGUUUGUAAAUUACAUUAAAUUUGAUUUUGUUGCACAUUUUUAAACACUGUGUAGAAUCUCUGGUUCUACCUUCAUGUUCUGUGAAAUGAAAGCUUAUUCUUGCCAGCUUUGAUGGCUUGUGUAUUAUUUUCUUAUUGUGUUAUAUCUCUAUAUAGACUGUAUAGAGAAAUUCAUUGCAACAACUAUUGAUCUCUUUUGAACCUUGCAGCCAGCAUUUUAAUGUCUAGACAGUGGUUAGGAAUUGCAUUGCAUGGGAAAAAAUCUGUUUCAAUAGCAGUUCUAUACUUUGGAAUUAAGAAUUUUUUUCUCUCAAUAAAAAUUGAGGCCAGGUUUCCUUUUCACUGUUGUCCUGAUUGAAGCAAAAAUCUACUGUACUGUGCAAUACUGAAUCUGAUACAUAUGUAUGUACAUGUAGUAUGAAAAUGAGAUGAUAUCUAGAAUUUUGAUGCAAAAGUGUGUACUUGAGCCAUUACAACUGUACAUGGAUAAUUAUGGAAGGGAAGUGCACAAUUACUUGAAUAAUACGCUUUUUUAGCUUGAAGCCUUCAGAACUGAUUUCAUAUCCUUCAAACUUUCAUUUUCCACAUUUGGUAGAGCAUUGUCAGGUAUUUUAUUUACUUAAUUAUUUAGUUGCCCAAUAUAUAAUGUAUUUUACAGCUCCUCUGUGAUUUUGUAAUACUGACUAAUAAGUUCUCUGAAGUAUUACAUUUACACAAAAUAAUUCAAAGAAAUUUAUAUAUUCUGCUUGGGUAUUUAUAAUACUAAAAAUGUUUUGAAGUCCAAAUAUGGCACCUUAAAGUAUUUUUUGAUUUAUUCUGCAGGGAGUUGUUAAAUUGCAUUUGUUUGUUUGUUUUUUAGAAUAUUGCAGAUGUUGACUUUUCAUUAGUCCUAUUGUUAAAAUCUGCUUUUGUAUUGAUUAUGUUUUUGGAGUGAAAAUACUUUUUAUCAAUUUUGUCAUUGCUAUACUCUUUUUGCAAAGAAGGUAUUUUGUGAGUGAGUUUUAUGAUAUAUUUCUUUCUUGACACUUAUAUUCAUUCUUAUUAAGAUAGUUUACACAAUCAUGAAUUUUAUGCAUCAGAACAAGAUCAGACAGAUAAAUUCAGGUAAAAGUAAAGAAAAUUUUCUUGUGAUGACCUGAUAAAUACUUUUCACCCUCUAUGCAUUUAUUUUUUUUUUCAAAGAACUACACUAAAUUUUAUUUUUAUUCAUAAUUGGAAGAUUUAUAUUAUUUUGAUAGAAAUCUCUUUCAUCAUUUAGAAAGGAAAUUUAUUUCAAGAGCAAAUGAUCUUUUAUGUUAUAUGAUAUGUGUUAUGAUUAUGGUGUGAAUGUAUGCCUACAUAUCUUUAUUUAUUGACAUAGUUUUUUUUUUUAAAAAACAUUCCACAGGUUUGUUACUGGUUUGAUUUGUGUGUAUGUUAGUGUGUAGUGUUGUUAUGUAGUUUGUUAAAAAUUUCAUGCAUUAUAUAGUUUAAAGACCAAGAAAAGGUAUACCUGAAUUUAUCAACAGCAGGCAUUUAUUCUUAAUAAUGGACUUGCGUGUCUGUAUGUUUUGUCUAUUCCUUGUAUUGUGUGCACUGCUAAGUUUAAGGUCCAUCAUACCUCUGUUCACUUGUAUAAAAUUUUGCUUUCAUGCUUAUGAUUUUCCAGAUGAUUUGUAAUUAAUGAUUAAAAUGCAAAAAAUAAAAUAUCAACAUAGCUUGUGGGGCAAAAUUUGACAAAAAUGACCUUUAACUUGACAAAAUUAUAGAGGAAUAAAAGAAAUUUAUCCCAGCUCGAGCUAUCUCUCAUAACAGAGUAUCGAUGAACCUUAAAAGUGAGAGAUUUCAUGAUAUAUCAUAAAGUAAAGACUUUUAACUAGAGAAAUAUAAUCUAUGAUGGACUGGAAAAUUUACUGUGAUGUCUUUUGUGUGUGUGU